AUGACCUCCAACAUAAAUCAUACGAAUGAACAACUUCCUUGUACAGAAAAUCACUCGGAGUUAAAAGAAGUUUUGAAACCGUGCGGUAAACUUCCGCCGACAAACGACAUACAAUUGGAUCGAUCUUACUUUAAACGUAAAGUCCCAAUGAUAUUCGUCGGUAUUCAUUGUGAUAAACAUGUCAAGACGUCUUUAGAGAAAUUGAGACCAUUUUUCUGUCCUUUUAUCCGACUACCUAAAAUAUCUAAAACUUACCGAGAUUCAAAUGGAUCGUUGCGUAAAUUGAUGCUGGUUCAAAUGCCUGAACCUGAUAAAAUCUUACAGUUUAUAACUGAUUUGAAUCAGUGGAACGUUGAUUUACCUAAAGAUUACGCAAAUCUUCAACCAGUCGAUUUAUCUGUACCGAAAUUGCCCGAAUGUCUAAACGAUUUGAAAGCUGAAGAUUCAUUAAACGAUGAAGCAUUUAAAAAAGUUAGUGUUGUAGAAGAAGAGAUAAAUAUGUUGGAAAAUAUUGUCACCUCACCAUGUCUCGUGAAUAUGUCGAUCGGUUAUGAAAAUUUCACAUUCGAACAAGUUAUCAAGGAAUUGUUGCCUGAUUUCAUCUUGCCUAUUACUGGGUUUACUAUAAUUGGUCACGUUAUACAAUUUAACCUCAAAACUGAAGCGUUACCCUACCGUCAUAUUAUUGAUUUCAGAUUGCGCGCUUCCCGAUGUCGUGACUGUAAACUCAGAAGUGAAUGUCGUGGAAUGGGGGAUCUUAACCUUCUAAAACCAUAUGCCGUUUUUGAACAACUAUUUGAGCAGAAGAUUAGAAUAGAAGACAGGGAUUGUCUCGAGUUUGCUGAUAUAAACGUCGCUGCUGGUGUCUUAACCUCGUGUCAUGGUUCAGCUCUUGUCAAAGUCGGAAAAACUCAGGUGAUUGCAGGUGUAAAGGUAAUUCCUGAAAGCGGAAACUCAGGCAACAUAACCUGCAAUGUCGAGUUUGCUGGUCUCUGUCAUAGAGGUUCACGUUUAAAUGCUCCACAACCUAAGUAUGCUCAGUGGCUGUCUUCUACAAUCCAAAGACUCCUGAAUAAUUUUGCAUUCCCAUCUAUUGAAAACCAGCUAAACAUAUUCUCAAUAAAUGACCCAGACACACUUACACCGGUAGCUUCCUACACUUUGAAGCUCGAUGUCUUCAUCCUUCAUGACGAUGGGUGCUUACUAGAUGCUUGUGUCCCCGCUGCACUUGUUAGUCUUUGUACAACAAAGUGGACAAAGUUAUACGCGGUUACGGAUGAACAAGCUGCGGGAUCCUAUUUAGAAUUAUAUAAACCAGGACCACGAAAUGAGACAAAAUCCCUAAAAAUGAAUGAAUGGCCUGUUUCACUGUCUUUCUGCUUCGUUCCUCGCCCGGUUGCUGAUAGAAAGUCAAAGACAGUUCCUAUUAUUGCCCAACCAACGAAACGAGAGUUAGAUAUUUGGGAUACGGAUGCUGGUCCAGUACACAUAACUGUUUCUCAGGGUGCUGUCGUCGAUCUUUCUGUGGUCAGUGCAUUUUUAACGGGUCUUUGGGACAGUUUAUUUGUAACGAGUGCAAAUGAAAAAAGUUCUACAGAUAAUCCAAAAGGCAGUAAACUAGUUUGUAUAGUUCACGACAAUUCAUCCUUGGUACUCGUACGGUUAAUUUCGCCUCGUUGUGAUGAUAUGGUGUGGAGACCCGGGCUUCGGACGACAAAACUUAAAAUUUUCAGCAUUCGGACAGAUCUAUUCAUUAUUUGUCUUCAUUCUACGAAUGUAUAUUUCCUCGAAUAA